UUCUCGUCGCCAGCACCACGUUUACCGUUAGCACGGCCCACCCCGGACACCCCGAACAACCCGAACACCCCGAACAGACCGUGCACCUUGUGCACCCCAACCACCCAGGAGCACUCGCUACACACGACUACACGCAUCCAACAGAUACUUUUCCGAAUUCGUUUUCAAUCCAGCUACGUCCUGUUACGGAUGCAGACGCGUCGCCUCCGUUGUGAUACCAGAAGCACCAGGUCCAGAGCUGCCAGCACCAGAGGUCCGAGUGCCAGAGAUACUUAGCCUAAUUACGCCGCGGAUUAAAUUAUUAAAACAAAAACACUUAGAUCCGCCAGGGAUUUGCCAAUCAAAUCGCGACGAAUCAAAAUCAGAUCACGGAAAGUGCUUCGCGAGUGACUGUGCGCGUGUGUGUUUGAUUGUGUCGCAGCGGCAGCGAGAUUAAAAACAUAUCCCCGAGUUACUUAAAAUUAAUCACUAACAUAAUCACUGUGAUUUCACUAUUUGAUCUGCCGACGUCAACACCGCGUGUGCGAAAACUGUUUACUGCUGCGGCUCCAUUAAAAGCCGCUUCGCAUUUGAUUAGCAAUCUGUUGCAACAACAGCAUAAACCUAUUACGAUCCCCGAGAUUUAUAGCCGCUGCCCACGCGAUAUAUCCGAAAGAUUUUCGGAGAUUUUCCCAGAUCUCCGGCGGAUUGAAAUGCUAGCAAUCUGAUUUAUUGACGACCCACGACAUUUGCUCCCGCAGAAGAGCCAUCAAAGUUCGCCUUUGAUACUCCGGAUCGACGGAGCCAGCGGAACCGACGGAAGUUCGUUCCCACCACCCAGUGGAUUAACUUGAAUUCCUCUCCCAUCAUUCAGAGCUUUUCGGGCUCUGGCAACGGCUGCAUCUUGGAUUUGCUCUCACCGCAGUUGGAAGAUACCGGCCUCAAGACGACGACUUUCCUGCAGCACUUCAAGGACGUCGUCACGACGAAGUUCACGGGGAGGGACCACCACCUGCCGCCGCUGCACCCCGCCCACCCUGCGCACCCGGCGCACCAGCAGUCGGCGCUGCACCACCACCACCACCAGCAGCAGAGCUUCUCCACCAUUUUUCCCACGUACCUCGGCAUGGACCGCUCCUCCGCCGUCGGCGGUUGCGGCGGGGGCGGCGGCCUGGGCGUGGGCGUGGUCACCAGUUCGGCCACGGCCCUCGGACCGGGAGGCCUAACCAACGGUGGCGGGGGCGUGGUCAGCGGGGCGCUGAACGGACUGGAGGCCAUGUCGGCCGAGUCCACCGGCCUGUGCCUGCAGGACCUCGUGAGCGCCGGGACGGCGAACGGAGCGGGAUCAGCGGGGUCGGCGGAGAGCGCCACCACCACCAGCACGGCGCUCAGCAGCGGCAGCACCGGCAGCUCCACGGUGAACGGGGGCGGGAGCAGCGCCUCCGGAGCGGAGCACCUGCACAGCCACCACAGCCUGCACGACUCCAGCUCGUCGGUCAGCAUCUCCCCCGCCAUCUCGAGCCUGAUGCCCAUCAGCAGCCUGAGCCACUUGCACCACUCGGCGGCGGGGCAGGACCUGGUGGGCGGCUACUCGCAGCACCCGCACCACGCGGUGGUGCCGCCGCACACGCCCAAGCACGAGCCGCUCGAGAAACUCAGAAUUUGGGCCGAAACCGGCGAUUUCCGUGAUAGUCAUAGCUCCAUGACCGCCGUAGCAAAUAGUUUGGAUAGCACCCACCUGAACAACUUUCAGACGUCGUCCACAUCCUCGCUGUCGAAUCGGAGUCGGGACCGCAAAGAUGGCAACCGCAGUGUGAACGAGACCACGAUCAAGACAGAGAACAUAUCAAGCUCGGGCCACGAUGAGCCGAUGACCACCAGUGGCGAAGAGCCCAAGAACGACAAAAAGAACAAGAGACAGCGCCGCCAGAGGACCCACUUCACCUCGCAGCAGCUCCAGGAGCUGGAGCACACAUUCAGCCGGAACAGAUACCCGGACAUGUCCACCCGCGAGGAGAUCGCUAUGUGGACCAAUCUUACAGAGGCUCGCGUCAGGGUGUGGUUCAAGAACCGACGGGCCAAGUGGCGCAAGCGGGAGCGCAACGCGAUGAACGCGGCGGUGGCGGCGGCGGACUUCAAGUCCGGCUUCGGGACGCAGUUCAUGCAGCCGUUCGCGGACGACUCGCUGUACAGCUCGUACCCGUACAACAACUGGACGAAGGUGCCCUCGCCGUUGGGCACGAAGCCGUUCCCCUGGCCGGUGAACCCACUGGGCUCGAUGGUGGCCGGCAACCACCACCAGAACUCGGUGAACUGCUUCAACACGGGCGCCAGCGGGGUGGCGGUGAGCAUGAACAACGCCAGCAUGCUGCCGGGCUCGAUGGGCUCCUCCCUGAGCAACAGCUCCAACGUGGGCGCCGUGGGCGCCCCCUGUCCGUACACCACCCCCGCCAACCCGUACAUGUACCGCUCGGCCGCCGAGCCCUGCAUGAGCAGCAGCAUGAGCUCGAGCAUCGCCACGCUGCGGCUGAAGGCCAAGCAGCACGCCUCCGCCGGCUUCGGCAGCCCCUACUCCGCCCCCUCGCCCGUCUCGCGAUCCAACUCCGCCGGCCUCUCCGCCUGCCAGUACACCGGCGUGGGCGUCACGGACGUGGUCUGAGAAAACGCCCUGGGUGCGCUGCUCAACCAGCACCAGCACCACUUGCAGCACUUCUCGGGCGGAUCGGUGCUCGGUGGGUUCGGUGGGCGGGGGGUGCCGAGCGGGAUGCAGCAGCACGGCGGCAACAUGCUGCAGCACAACAGCGGCUCCGGCGGCCUCCUGCUGGACCACUCCGACCUGGGCCUCGUCGGCGGCGGAGGAGGGGCCAACAGCCACCAGGACGAGGGCAACCACAGCCUGGAGGGCGGCAGCAAGUCCCCCCUGGAGGCGCCUCUGGCCAACAGCAGCGGCAACAACAACAACGACAACGACGACGAGGACGUCAUCGAUUGAAGACGCUGGCCCGAGCCGAACUAAAAGGCAGGCAGCCGCCUAGCCCUAAGCAUUCAUAAUAAUUUUAGAUGUUUGCCUACUAAGGAUAAAUACCGUAAAGCUAAGGAGCGGAGAUCCCUUCGGAGAUGCAAUUUUUUGAAGAACAAUAACUACAUUUACCAGCGGGUCACUCCGAUUAUUUGCAUUGAGGUCACGAGUAGACGCCAACUACGUUCGAUCGCCCCAAAUCCAGAAAUAAGUGUUUUUGUAAAUAAAAGCAAAUAUCUAGUUGUAAGAAGCGGACCCUAACUAAUCAAGCCAAAUAGCCAGCCCAAAGAACAUAUAGCCACUCCUAGUUCCACCCUCAGUUCCCUCGUAUAUCGUAUAUAUAAACCAGAAACGUAUCAAGAUUGCAGGCAGCGAGGCCGGCACUCUGGAGCCAAGCCAAGUCGAAAACUAUAUCAGAAGCAGAAGUAGCAGUUUUUAAGGAGUUGUCUAGUCGUAUAGAGAUCCGCAUAUGGCAUAUACUGUCUGUCUGUACGAGUGUGUGUGCAGUGUAUAUCCCCACUAAAGCGCCCCUAUAAAUAUAAACUAUUUAAUAAUUGUACACUUACAUUACUAGUUAUAGAAAUUGAAUCAAAAGAACAAUAAAAAUAUGGAAAAAAACACCCA